AUGCCUAGGGCCAAAACUGGUACCAAAAGAAAGAGUACCGAUGUAUCAAAUAGAGGUACAGGUUCUAGGGCAAAGACAAGAAAGGCACAGAGGGUUGAUGAUGAUGGUGAACAUAAGGAGGAAGUUUUGGUUAGGAAGGUCACGCAAGCUGUAUUGGAGGUCAUGGAUGAAAGGAACAAAACCACUGAUACCACAGGGGGAGGUGCUUCGGAUAGUGACGAUGAGUCCGACUCAGAGAUUACCUUUAAGGAGAUAGAAGGGUCAGAUGAUGAGUAUGCCUCAAGUGAGGCAAUUGAUACUUUUACUUGGUCAACUCCUAUUUCGGCAAUGAUUCCACAAAAGCUUAAGCAAAAGAUAUGGGAAGAUCAGUAUAUUGACCUCGCAGCACUACUUCCUGACAAUUUAAUUCCUUGCACCGAAAAUAAUGACUACACAUUUAAAUUAGGGAAGAAUACUAACAUUUCAGUAGUACCCAAAAAGGCAAAACAAACAAUUAAUACCAUAUACCAGUGGACCACAGCAUUUUUGCGUUUUGUUUCUGUCUAUGCUGAAAAAUUUCCAAACGAAACACCAAAUUUAUUAAAACAUGCAGAGACAGUUCGUGAUAUGGCAUCAUCUGGAAAUGUUUCUUGGCAAACAUAUGAUAAACAAAUUAGGAUGGAUAGGCAAAAUAGGGGUACACCUUGGGGAAAGCUAAAUGUUGAAUUCAUUCUUCAGGCACAGAGAUCUAGGGAGGAAACUAAACAGCCUUUUCGUCCCUUCCGAUCAAGGUUUGGACAAAGAUUCUUGGGGAAAAACAGUACCCCAGAGGAAUUUGCUGGACAUAUAAUAGGGAUGGGAGUUGCAAACUUGAAAACUGCAAAUUUCAACACAUUUGUGCAGGAUGUAGAAAAAACCACCCUAAAACAAAUUGCCGAGCACAAACAGUUAAUAGAAGCCAAGUGCAGUAUCCCGCAGGCAAAACAGCAAAACAACAAUGAGGUUGUGACCCCUAUUAUUCCUAAUGUCCUGCAAUAUCUGUUACUAGGCUAUGAUGCAACAAUUUCUGAUUAUUUGGUUUCAGGAUUUAAGUAUGGAUUCGACUUACACUAUCAUGGUCCGAGAUAUUUCAGAGCAUCUAGGAAUCUCUCUUCUGCUUUGCGCAACACAGUCAUUGUUUGCAACAAGCUACAGAAAGAGCUUGAUGCCCAUAGAAUUGCUGGGCCUUUUGUUUCACCCCCCUUUGAAAAUCUUCAAAUUUCCCCGAUUGGUAUUGUACCAAAGAAAGAACACGGUCAAUUUAGACUCAUACACCAUUUAUCUUUUCCAGAAAAAAAAUUCUAUCAAUGAUUUUAUUCCAGAUACAUUCACUAAAGUUCAAUAUGCUACUCUAGAUGAUGCUGUAAAUAUUAUUGUCUUAAUGGGGAAAGGUUGCCUUUUGGCCAAAACAGAUGUAGAAUCAGCUUUUCGGAUUAUACCUAUUCGCAGAGAGGAUCACGAAUUACUGGGCUUUCAAUGGGAAGGUCUCUUUUUUUAUGAUAAAUGUUUGCCGAUGGGUUGUGCGAGUUCCUGUGCUAUUUUUGAAAAAUUUUCUACGGCCUUAGAAUGGAUUGGUAAGGUUAAGGGACAUAUUCCUCACUUAACUCAUGUGUUGGACGAUUUUCUAUUUAUUGAUCCACCUGCAUCAGGUAUAUGUAAUCAAAGUUUACAGGUGUUCAAACUUACAUGUGAAAGUCUAGGUGUUUCUUUAAAAGAAGAAAAGACUGCUUGGGCAACUACAAAAUUGGUAUUUCUUGGUAUUGAAAUUGAUACAUUGGCUAUGGAAAUUAGGUUGCCUUGUGAGAAAUUGGAGAAAUUAAAACAAGCUAUAGAUGCAAUGAAAUUUAAGCGAAAGGAUCGCCUUAGAGAACUUCAAUCCUUAAUAGGACUGCUUAAUUUUGCUUGUCUGGUGGUUGUGCCAGGGCGUACAUUCUUAAGGCGGCUCAUUGACCUAACAAAAGGCCAAUCUAAGCCUCACCAUCACAAAGACAUGGUUAGAGAGAGUAGGCGGGAUUUGGCUGCUUGGUCAUUAUUUAUAGAUCACUUCAAUGGGAAGUCAUUAUUAUUUAAACAUGUAUGGGUGACAUCCAAACAAAUACAUCUCUACACUGAUGCAGCGGGUUCUCUAGGGUUUGGAGCUGUAUUUGAAAAGAAAUGGUUCUAUGGGUCUUGGCCAGAAAAUAUGAAGGAUUAUGAUAUUACCCUCAAGGAAUUAUUCCCAAUUGUGUUAGCUGUUGAAUUAUGGGGAUCUAACUUAAAGAAUUCGUGUGUCAUAUUCCAUUCUGAUAAUGCAGCAGUUGUUCACAUUGUAAACUCGCAAACAUCGAAAGAUUCAAAAAUCAUGAUUUUGAUCGAGAAAUUCAAAGAGGUGUCUGUGGAUAUGGAGGCCAAGCCUACAAGGAUACCGAUCCAUCUUUUGCAACUCUCCAAAACACAGCAUGUAGUUUAAUAGAUGCAGCUUUGGCUCCUAACACAAAGAAAGUUUACA